AUGAAGCAGGAGAGAGCCGCAGAUCCGGCAGCAAACUUGUCCGAAGGCACAGAUGAUUCGGAUGACUCUGAUGAGGAUGAGGAUUACGACAGCAGCGACGAGACCUCCGAGACCGAAGAGGAAGACGAGGAGAGUGGCGGUCCCAACGAUGGACCGGAGGAAGCAGAGGAGGAAGACAAGAAAGACGGUGAGGCAGACCAUGACUUCGCAAAAGACGUUCUGGAGAAUGUCCCAGCCGCACGCAUUCAAAGUGCCCCGAUGAUUCGUCGGCUCCAGAGCCUCUGGGGAUCCGUGGAGGAUGCCCUCCCACACGGCCCCGCGCCACAGAGCCCGGCAGAUCGCUUGGCUAAGCUACCUGCACGAGCCCCGCUGCUGGUAACUCACAACGCUGUGCCAAUCCUCAUCGACUUGGCGGCAAAGAUGUCUAUCACCAUCCAGGACGAGGUGUCUGGAGGCUUUGCGCAGCUCGGCACGCUGCUCGCGGCCCAAAAGACCUGGUAUCUGCUCGACCUGGCGGACGUGAAGGACUUUCGCACCCUGGAGGGUGCUUUGAUCGCCAUGCUCGACGGCACGGCCCAGAGACAGAAAGUCGGCAGGCGAGGUGCCCAAGUGCAGGCGUCGGUCACCGGGCAGGGAAUCUCUGCAGCCACCGCGCUGCUAUGGCAGGGCAUGCAACUGGGCCACAAGGCGGAGACAGAAGAGGAGCCGUCACGGCUGAUCUUCUUCUGCUCCGCGGCCUCCGCACUGAUUCCUCGGAGCAUCCUACGGCUCUGCUUCUGUAUUCAGAACGUCGCCGCCUUCUUCGGCAUCGCUUACGACGACCCGGCCGUCCACGAGGAGCUGGAUAUCAGAAACUUGGCCGUGCAGGAAAUGGAGGCAGAGGGCACUACCAGCGCAGAGGUCACCGACGCUUCAGAGCUGAACGGAUUGCAGGUUUCACCUGCCCGUGAAGAAGAAUCGCGAUCCAACCAGUGA